AAUUACUUUACGGUAGCAUUUGCUGUUUUGAGUUGUAAGCGGAAAAUUGCUACACUAGCAUAUUAGCCAGUAUUCCUUGUGGAUAGCUGUAGCUAGCUAACCGUUGCCGAUAACUUAACAUUUAAAGGUUUGUUUUCCACGUUUUGGAUAACCUUUCGUCAUGGAUGUAGGCGAGCUACUGAAUUAUCAGGUAACGUUAAUUAGUGAGACAUGUCCUUAGUGUUUGCUGCAAAUGUGUUGACUAGCUAGGAAAAUAAAUGUUUAAACCACCGUCACCGUCUUUGACCAUAGCUAUAGCUAGCUAGCUACAUUGCUAGCGAACUGGCUAACUUGAUUGCUAGUUAGCUAAUAAACCAAGUUCACUAGCUAAGUUAGUUAGGGAUGUGACAGAUGAAAGAGAGAUGUCUAUCAGAUGUCAAGUUAGUCUAGCUACUUUGCUAGCUAACUAGUUUGUGAUAAACUAUUGUCUAGUUCUGCUCUGUUAGCUAGCUAGCUAAAGUAAUGUCCCUCUCAUGGAAUAUAAUUUAUUGAGCAUCAAAUAUAUUACAGAAAUCAAGUACUAUUUACAUGUGACGAUGAAUGCAUUUCAAUUUGCAUUGUUUACUUUUUGGUUGGCCCACUCUUUGCUUGGAUGCAUUACCCUGUUUUGAAGUACCUGCUUGACAUGGUGUUAAUGUUCAUUGUAGCCUGACAGGGGGGCAAAACGUCUACGGGCAGGUGAUGAUGAUGAUGAUGACCCCAGAAGCAAAAAGACCGGUAGAGAGCUGGCCAGACACCUGGAGGGAGAUGACAGUGAAGACCCGAGUGGUGAGAGGAAGAGAAUACUGGAGAAACUCAUGGAUGAUGAUGAGGAUGCAGACGACCAAGAGGUGGGGAAAGUUUAAGUGGCAUGAUAAAGCAUGCAUGCAUAGCUAAAUGUGCUGAUCUUGUUACUAACAUACUUUUUGUUGUCUUGGUAACACUUUUCACCAAAGGGCACUUUUUUUCUUCUUCUUUCUUUUAUAAAAAAAUUAUCCAGGGUGAACCAGUGGAUGAGAGUUUGGUGAAGAAAAUGAUCCUGACCUUUGAAAAAAGGUCCUACAAGAACCAAGAGCUGAGGAUAAAGUUCCCAGACACUCCGGGGAGGUGAGUUAAUGAGAGGGAAACGUUCUUCCUGAGUUAAGCUAUACAGUCAAUAUCAUUGCGUUUGUCUUAUAGAGUUAUCAAUCUACUGUAAGGGUAAAUUGACUUGCUGCUUCAAUAACAUGACAUUGCAUUCAACAAGUCUGGACUUAUUUUCCAUGUAUGACAUACUUUUUUAUUCCCCUGUCCAGGUUCAUGGAAACAGAGCUGGAUUUGAAUGACAUCAUCCAGGAGAUGCAUGUCAUAGCCACCAUGCCUGAUCUCUACCACCUCUUGGUGGAGCUCAAUGCUGUCCAUUCCCUGCUGGGCUUACUUAGCCAUGAGAACACAGAUAUCCUUUCCUUCAAAGAUGGCUUACUAAGCAUCUUUCACUCUUUAAUUCAGUUAAUUUACCUGCACUUAUGUUAUUCUAUGCAUUUGACCUUGAAUUAGACAACUAAUUUUUCUAAACUGAACAUAUUGAUACAAACUGUAAAAAUCCUUAGCCUCUCCUACAUAUCGCCAUUGCAGUGGUUGAUUUGUUACAAGAGCUGACAGACAUCGACACACUUCAUGAAAGUGAGGAGGGGGCUGAAGUACUCAUAGACUCUUUGGUGAGUCCAGUUUGUUUGAAUACAAUCAAUGUAUGCAUUUAGGUUAUCUGGCAUGGUUAUAUGCCAUUUUCUUGUUAUGUCUCAUGCGUCCACAACCAUAUUGAUGCUGAUGAAAAUGAACUCAAUAGAUAAAGCAGAUUCAAUCCCAGCUAAUGUCCAUGGCCUUAGUUAAAAUGGUCUGUCUUAGCCCUCCCUUUGCACUCACUUUGACAACAGCAAAGGCAUUGGCUGUUUUCUGGAAAAGGUUGAGUGCCCCUUCAUAAUGUCUGCUAACAUUUAGAAAGACGAGGCAAAGGUGAAAUCUUACACGACUUAUAAAUGAGCAGCGGAAAUGAGGCAUGAGUCUUUAUUGUUGUCACUCACGACAAUAUUCCAUAAUGCUUUGAUAACAACCUGUCUCCUUCUCUAACUGUAGCUGGAGGGACAGGUUGUGGCCCUUCUGGUGCAGAACAUGGAGAGGCUGGAUGAGCAGGUAAAGGAGGAAGCUGAUGGAGUCUACAACACGUUAGGUAAGACCCACUGGGCAAUGUGUACAUGACUGGACAAAAUAUGGGGAUUAUUUAAAUGUUCGUAAAAUUUAAUUUGGGCUCAGUACUUCUAGUGUUUUGAUGGCAUCUUAUCAAGGCAGCUCUCCAGGCUUGAAUAAGCAUUUUGUCUCCUUCCUGGUUGGGGCUCACAGGCUCAUGUCCUCCAGGAUGGUGUCUGCUGAGUUGGAAUUAGUGAUAAAGGCUUCCUUCUCCUCCAGCAGGCCUCUCUUUCUGUGCGUCUCUCUCUCACUCACUCUAUCUCUCCCUCUAUUUGUCUCUCUCUCCUCUCUCCCUCUUUUCUCCAUUGGGGUUUUGCCGCCCUUCUGCUGAAUGAGUGAGAUAUCAGGUGUCUCAGACAGCUUUAUAAUGCAAAUAUUAGCAAAGGUAUCUGAGACCUCUAUACUUCUCAGGAGGUGCUGUCAGAAUUUGAUGGUCUCAUAUUCACCUCUCUCUUCUAUCCCAUCUCUCUCCAUCAGCCAUCAUUGAAAACAUGGCAGAGUUCAGGCCUGGCCUAUGCACAGAAGCAGCUCAGCAAGGACUCAUGCAGUGGUUGCUAAAAAGAAUAAAGGUGAGGAUAUAACUGAAGAUGACACAUUCCAUUGGUUAUUGUUGCUGUAUGUAGAGCUUUCUGCAGGCUGGGUCGAUAUGUCUGAUUUGAAAUGUGUCUGUUGUAGAACUAGACCUACAGUAUAGUGUAUAUAGGCUUUCAAUUGCUCAUGCCAUCACUGGUUUUGGCAUGCCAUCACUGGUUUUGGCAUGCCAUCACUGGUUUUGCCCCUCCCUUUCUCUCUUUCAGGCAAAGAUUCCUUUCGAUGCUAACAAGCUGUACUGCAGUGAAAUCUUGGCUAUCUUGCUUCAAAACAAUGACAGUACGUUUACAGCCCUUUCCUCUGUAGUUGCUGUACAAUGUGAUAAACGUGAUUUUUCAUCUAAUGUAGUCUUGUAAAAUAAACAUAGCCACAGAGGUGAUUGUUGUGGCUGCGGACCAAAAUAGUAGAGUAUCAUGACCGGUUAAAGUAUACUAUUUGUCAGUGUCUGAGUGGCUGGGUCCAGAAGACCUUGGAGUGCUGCAGGACGACAGACAGGCACCAGGUCCAGAUCAGUAAUGGACUGGGCAACAUUGAUAUUCUGUUUGAGUCCUAUCUCAUUUUCCUCUCUGUGUUCCCCUCUGAGUGAGUUUAGCUACCUGGGUUGGUUGUGCUGUGUUGCAUAUAGCAGCUCGAUCUGGAUCGAUUCAUCUUCUCCCUUGGCUUUUAUCACCAUGUUUUUCAAUGUUUAUGCGCCACACUCCUUUAACAGUUAGUCUCUCUCUCCUUCCCUCUCUCUCCCCCCUCUCUCUCCUUCCCUCUCUCUCUCUCUCCCCCCUCUCUCUCCUUCCCUCUCCCUGCAUCCUGCUCUUCUAUUUUAUCCUCUCCUCCCACCUCUUCUCUCCCUCUACUUCCAGGCACCAGGGAGCUCUUGGGGGAGCUGGAUGGAAUUGACGUGUUACUGCAGCAGCUCUCUGUAAGCCUGUCUUUUCAAAUGUUCUACUAUUCCUCCUAGGCUUGUGUGGUAUACCGUAUACCGGAGUAUUUAGAAAUGCCGACGGUAUGAUUUUCAAUACUGUCCCCCCCAAAAAGUAUUAUUAUUUUAGUAUUCACAAAUUCAUUUGAGCCUGUCACAUGGUAUGUUUGUUUUCCGAUCCAAUGUUGAGCAGCACAAAAGAGAUGAUCAAGUUACACUUGAAAUUCACUACUAAUGUUUGCCAGCUAAACAUCUUAUAACUCCAUAAGUUAACUAUCUAAGAUGUGCCCUAGCUAUAGGUGGCUAGCUUGCAAGAUGAAGCUUCUUGGUUACAGCAGAGACAAUCAAUCCCCUCCUGGAUCAAGUGCGAGUAGCCUUUUGAGAUAGCUUGUUGUAUAACUUUAUGAGCUGUGUUGUCUGUCUUUGCAUUUAGUUUAUGUUCACUUGCGCUUGUUAGCAUUUAGCUAGUGUCCGCAAUUUAAAAAAACAUUAAAUAACAUAAAAAAAGUUUGGAAAGAAAUAGUGCCGGUAAUACCGUAUCCCCCAGUAUGGUACAGGAACAGUGUGAAGGUAUGGAAAUCUUGAUACCGCCCAACCCUAGCUCCUCCCGUCUCUCUGAUUCAUCCAUGUCUCACGCUCACCUCACAUCACACUGUUGAAGUUUCAGCAGAUCAUAAGAACUGUCUGUUCUUUACAGGAGUGAUCUAUUCAUCCCCCCUUCUUCUUCACAUCGUGCUGAGCGAAUAGUGCUUUUUGAGGUCGGUUCGGCUUUGGUUAGAUUUUUUUAUUGCGAGUUUCGAUUUUUCUUUUUAAACAUGAAAUGUAUUAUCAAAUAAUGACAUAAAAAAAUGAUUUUAGAGCUUUUUAAUGGUAAUUCCAAAGCCAAAAAUAAUGAACAAUAAUGAACAUCUGGGGCGGCAGGUAGCUUAGUGGUUAAGAGCGUUGUGCCAGUAACCGAAAGGUCGCUGGUUCUAAUCCCUGAGCCGACUAGGUGAAAAAUCUGUCGAUGUGCCCUUGAGCAAGGCACUUAACCCUAAUUGCUCCUGUAAGUCCCUCUGGAUAAGAGCGUCUGCUAAAUGACUAAAAUGUAUGUAAAUGUAAAACAUUCAAUUGCCAAAACAUUGAAAAUAUUCCAUUGUCUCUGUCAAGUCCACAUUGGGUAGACAUCAAUAGAAAUAUAGGAAAUUGCUAUGAAAUAAUGCAAUAUUUCAGUUGUGUAUAUUACAUUUACAUUUUAGUCAUUUAGCAGACACUCUUAUGCAGAGCGACUUACAGUUAGUGAGUGCAUACAUUCUUUUAUUUUUAUUUUUUAUACUGGCUCCCCGUGGGAAUCGAACCCACAACCCUGGCGUUGCAAAUGCCAUGCUCUACCAACUGAGCUACAUCCCUGCCGGCCAUUCCCUACCCUGGACGACGCUGGGCAAAUUGUGCGCCGCCCCAUGGGUCUCCCAGUCGCGGCCGGCUACGACAGAGUUACUUAGUUUUUGAUGACUUUAUUAUUUUUCAUUCCUUAAAGUCAUAAUCUCAUCUCUGCUCAGGCAGUAGCAGCCAGCCAGACAACGUUAUCUCUGUGCUCCCCAUACUGUACUCAAUCAAUCAAUCAAAUUGUAUUUAUAAGCAGAUGUCACAAAGUGCUAUACAGAAACCCAGCCUAAAACCCCAAACAGCAAGCAAUGCAGAUGUAGAAGCACAGUGGCUAGGAAAAACUCCCUAGAAAGGCAGAAACCUAGAGAGGUACCAGGCUCUGAGGGGUGGCCAGUCCCUUCUGGCUGUGCCGGGUGGAGAUUAUAACAGUACAUGGCCAUUAAGGGCAGAUUUUUUUCUCCAAGAUGUUCAAACGUUCAUAGAUGACCAGCAGGGUCAAAUAAUAAUCACAGUGGUUGUAGAGGUUGCAACAGGUCAAUACAUCAGGAGUAAAUGUCACUUGGCUUUUCAUAGCCGGGCAUUUAGAGGUCGAAAUAGCAGGUGUGGUAGAGAGAGAGAGAGUUGAAAACAGCAGGUCUGGGACAAGGUAGCACGUCCGGUGAACAGGUCAGGGUUCCAUAGCCGCAGGCAGAAGAGUGGAAACUGGAGCAGCAGCACGACCAGGUGGACUGGGGACAGCAAGGAGUCAUCAGGCCAGGUAGUCCUGAGGCUGGGGACCUGAGCUAGUCUGCCUAAAGGUCGUACGCAUGCUUCCCAGCCGAAACAGUUUGGAAGAUUUUGUGCACAUAUUAUGACAUUUUGUGACGUUUUGGACUUUGGUAAGGGGGUUUUCGGCUGUUCGGGCACGCAUUUUUCUUUUCUUGAGGCAAGCUGAAGUCGGUAGCCGAAGUCUUGGCCCCUUCGUCAGUGAUUGGUCAACAGUAGGGAUUCUUCAAUAAAGUAUUGGUUGUCAUUCAAUGAGAGACGACUCAUUUUAAUGCACAUUUUUUCCAUUGAGAAAUAAUGCACCAAAAAUCUUUGUUAGAUGUAAAAUUGCGCGACUAAGAUUUCCUCAGCAAAAAAGUCAAUUUUUCUUGAGUUAUUUUAGAUGAAUUCUGACUAUUUUGAGGAAGUGUAUACUGGCUACGGUAUAGUGUAUACUGGCUACAAAAUGGACAAACAAUUAGUUGUUUAAUAACCAACCCCUCCUAACCUCUGUUAGAUUAGCCUUUUGGCUAACUAUUAUACUACUUGAUAUAUUCAAGGCCUGCAGUAUAAUGAUGUCUAAUGCAAAUUAAUAAGACUUAGAAGUGUAACUUGAUGCUAGACAGAUGUUCUGCUUUGCUUUGUAAGCAUCUCCACUCUGUUGGCGAAUCCGGUUGCAAGCUUUCAGUGUGUCCUUAGUUCUCAGGGCACUGCACUGCAUUACACCCAAAAUGCAUUUGGUUGAAUACUGGUCUAUCUAUGUGAUGUGUCUCAUACACCAUUGAUUACAGUUACACUGUUGAAAGUCUGCUAAUGAGCCAAACAAGCUCAUCAUUUAUUUCGUUUAUACUGAAUUUACCAGCAUCACAGUUCUACGUUUUUUGUGGCCAUGUCACCUCCCUGGUGAUAGACAGUAGAAGUGUGGGUGUCAUUCUCCUUCAGGUGUUCAAACGCCACAACCCAGCCACGGCAGAGGAGCAGGAGAUGAUGGAGAACCUGUUUGAUGCCCUGUGCUCCUGUCUGAUGCUGGCUGCCAAUCGGGACCGCUUCCUCAGGGGAGAGGGUCUGCAGCUCAUGAACCUCAUGCUUAGGUAAAGACUCAGAUGUUUAACACCUCUUGAAGAAAUGAGUCUCCACACAAAUAUCUCAGUUUUAAUGUUUCAAUCAUUUAAUGUCCUAAGCUUUCAGCUAAAACAAAUCUUCAUCCAAGUACCUCCUCAAAGGAGGACUAAGGUAGAGAUGGACAGUUCCCCGGCUUGGCUGUAGUCCUUUUUUAAUUUCAACCCUCCUUUCAAUUCACACAGGUCGCUGGUGAUCUGAGAUCAUUACGCAGUAGGGAUAUAUGUAAAUUGACGUCUUUGAACUCAACCUUUGUUUGCUGUUAAGGCUGUCAGAGGACGCACCAUGCACCCCAGUGAGUGGUAGGGUUGAGUGAUGUCUUUGUGUUCGCACAGCACAUCUCUGGCUCUGCUCAGCUGCCAGUCCAAUCAAUCAGCCGACAGAGCGCUGCAGCACCACGACGUUACCUUAAAGAGCAAUACAGAGACAUUACAUGUAUUUAUGAAACCCUCCAUGUCCAAGCUCUAAUCAUCACGACGACGCCAGGCAGACAGACCGAUUAAAACCAAAAUCAAUAUCUAAUUAUAGCGAUGCAAAACCCGUUUUUAAAUCAUCCACAGGAGAAGGCUCUCAGAAUGGGUUAUCUAGGGAGCAACACGUAACUCUCUCUUUUUACUUCUCAUAAGAUUCACAGAAUCAUAAGUUCUGCACCUCUGCUUCGAUAGUUUUCUCUGUUUUUGUAGAGGUUAGGCUUUAUCAAAGGGUUUGCAAUAUGAGCUUAGGAACACGGUUGUAGGCAUCUUUAUAAUUGCCUUUGUUUGAAUUUUUUCAACUGUUUAACUUUGUCUAAAAAAUGACUUCCUCAUAAGCUGCAGAAACGUUGGGUUUUGAGGAGUUCUUAAAGGACUGCCAAUAGCAAGUUGCGAAGGACUCCUUGUAGCUAGGUUAAAUACACUACAUGGUAUGUGGACGCCUGCUCGUCGAACAUCUCAUUCCAAAAUCAUGGGCAUUAAUAUGGAGUUGGUUCCCCCCUUCACUACUCAGCAAAUUGGAUGUAGUCUAUCACAGUGCCAUCCGUUUUGUCUCCAAAGCCCCAUACACUACCCACCACUGUGACCUGUACGCUCUUGUAGGCUGGUCCUCACUACAUGUUCGUCGUCAAACCCACUGGCUCCAGGCCAUCUAUAAAUCACUGCUAGGCAAAUCCCCGCCUUAUUUUAGCUCAUUGGUCACCAUAGCAGCACCCACCCGUAGUCUGCGCUCCAGCAGGUAUAUCUCACUGGUCAUCCCCAAAGCCAACACCUCCUUUGGCCGCCAUUCCUUCCAGUUCUCUGCUGCCAAUGACUGGAACGAAUUGCAAAAAUCUCUGAAGCUGGAGACUCUUAUCUCCCUCACUAACUUUAAGCAUCAGUUGUCAGAGCACCUUACCGAUCACUGCACCUGUACACAGCCCAUCUGAAAUUAGCCCACCCAACUACCUCAUCCCUAUAUUGUUAUUUAUUUUGCUAUUUUGCAUCCCAGUAUCUCUAUUUGCACAUAAUCUCUUGCACAUCUAGCAUUCCAAUGUUAAUACUAAUUGUAAUUAUUUUGCACUAUAGCCUAUUUAUUGCCUUACCUCCAUAACUUGCUACAUUUGCACACACUGUAUAUAUAUUUUCUGUUGUAUUUUUUGACUUUUGUUUUUUUACCCCAUAUGUAACUCUGUGUUGUUGUUUUUAUCGCACUGCUUUGCUUUAUCUUGGCCAGGUCGCAGUUGUAAAUGAGAACUUGUUCUCAACUGGCUUACCUGGUUAAAUAAAGGUGAAAUUAUUUUAUUUUUUAAAUAAAAAUAAAUCAAUCAAUCACAUUUUAUUUAUAAAGCCCUUUUUAAUCAGCAGAUGUCACAAAGUGCUAUACAGAAACCCAGCCUAAAACCCCAAACAGCAAGCAAUGCAGAUGUAGAAGCACGGUGGCUAGGAAACACUCCCUAGAAAGGCAGAAACCUAGGAAGAAACCUAGAGAGGAACCAGGCUCUGAGGGGUGGCCAGUCCCCUUCUGGCUGUGCUGGGUGGAGAUUAUAACAGUACAUUAUAACAGAUUUUUCUCCAAGAUGUUCAUAGAUGACCAGCAGGGUCAAAUAAUAAUCACAGUGGUUGUAGAGGUUGCAACAGGUCAGUACAUCAGGAGUAAAUGUCACUUGGCUUUUCAUAGCCGGGCAUUUAGAGGCUGAAAUAGCAGGUGCGGUAGAGAGAGAGAGAGAGAGAGAGAGAGAGUUGAAAACAGCAGGUCUGGGACAAGGUAGCACGUCAGAUGAAUAGGUCAGGAUUCCAUAGCCGCAGGCAGAAGAGUGGAAACUGGAGCAGCAGCACGACCAGGUGGACGGGACAGCAAGGAGUCAUCAGGCCAGGUAGUCCAGAGGCAUGGUCCUAGGGCUCAGCUUCUCCGGGAUGGGAGAGAUGGAGCUAUAACAGCCUCCACUCUUCUGGGAAGGCUUUCCACUAGAUGUUGAAACAUUGUUGCGAGGACUUGCUUCCAUUCAGCCACGAGCAUUAGUGAGGUUGGGCACUGAUGUUAGGCGAUUAGGCCUGGCUCGCAGUCGGCGUUCCAAUUCAUCCCAAAGGUGUUCAAUGGGGUUGAGGUCAGGGCUCUGUGCAACCAUGAAAAACAGCCCCAGAUCAUUAUUCCUCCUCCACCAAACCUUACAGUUGGCACUAUGCAUUCGGGCAGGUAGCGUUCUCCUGGCAUCCACCAAACCCAGAUUCGUCCGUCGGAUUGCCAGAUGGUGAAUCGUGAUUCAUCACUCCAGAAAAGUCGUUUCCACUGCUCCAGAGUCCAAUGGCGGCGAGCUUUACACCUCUCUAGCCGACGCUUGGCAUUGCGCAUGAUGAUCUUAGGCUUGUGUGCGGCUGCUCGGCCAUGGAAACCCAUUUCAUGAAGCUCCCGACGAACAGAUAUUGUGCUGACUUUGUUUCCAGAAGCAGUUUGGAACUCGGUAGUGAGUGUUGCAACUGAGGACAGACAAAUUUUACGCGCUACUCGCUUCAGCACUCGGCGGUCCCAUUCUGUGAGCUUGUGUGGCUCCUAGACGUUUCCACUUCACAAUAACAGCACUUACAGUUAACCGGGGCAGAUGUAGCAGGGCAGACAUUUGACGAACUGACUUGUUGGAAAGGUGGCAUCCUAUGACAGUGCCACGUUGAAAGUCACUGAGCUCUUCAGUAAGUCCAUUCUACAACCAAUGUUUGUCUAUGGAGAUUGCAUGGCGGUGUGUUCGAUUUUCUACACCUAUCAGCAACGGUGUGGCUGAGAUAGCCGAAUCCACACAUUUUGAAGGGGUGUCCACAUACCUUUGUAUGUAUAGUGUAGUCUGUGUGCCUGGCAAAAGACAAUAAUGACCUUGCGGCAUACCUCUGCUGUAAACUAUCUGUUGUGCCAGAGAUAAUUGAGCCCUUAUUGUAUUAUGUAUAUUUUUUUGCACUGCCUCUUCCCAGGGAAAAGAAAAUGUCUCGGACCAGCGCUCUGAGGGUCUUAGACCACGGCAUGAUUGGCCCAGAGGGUUCUGAUAACUGCCACAAGUUUGUGGACAUCCUGGGCCUGAGGACCAUUUUCCCCUUGUUCAUGAAGACCCCCAAGAAGAUGAGGAAAGCUGGGGCCGCAGACAAAGAACAUGAAGGUUUGCACAUUUCUAUACACUCCAAAUUUCGUUUAUAACAAUGAAAUCAUUUUGCUUGUCUGACAUUAGCGCAAAUGCUUAGUUGUCCAACACCUGUACCCAAAACACAAUUUAACAAGGAAGGAGAUUUAAUCAGGUUUGUCUCAUGGCUUUUUAGUCUGUCGAUUUUAAGUUAUCAAUCUAAACUUGAUUGCUUUUUCUGCUGUUCCUCUCAGAAUCCACUGUUGAGUUGUGAAAUAAGACAAAUGAAAGCAUCAGUGCUUAUCAGCCACCCUCCCUUUCCCCUUUUAGUUUUAGCAGGGGCGCCACUGCUAAAUGAAAAUAGGGGAAACACUGCCUUCGCUGUCUUUAAUUAUAUCUCAUACGUCCGGACGGCCCACCCGAGGUGAACAAAUUGGCUUCCUUUGUCUGUUUGCUUCAUCUGGGGGACAGAAUUAAUUGACCAGAGACCUGCUUUGUGUUUUGAGGAGUUCUUAAAGGACUGCCAAUAGCAAGUUGCGAGGGACUCCUUGUAGCUAGGUUAAAUACACUACGACGCCUGCUCGUCGAACAUCUCAUUCCAAAAUCAUGGGCAUUAAUAUGGAGUUGGUCCCCCCUUCAAUCAAUCAAUCACAUUUUAUUUAUAAAGCCCUUUUUACAUCAGCAGAUGUCACAAAGUGCUAUACAGAAACCCAGCCUAAAACCCCAAACAGCAAGCAAUGCAGAUGUAGAAGCACGGUGGCUAGGAAACACUCCCUAGAAAGGCAGAAACCUAGGAAGAAACCUAGAGAGGAACCAGGCUCUGAGGGGUGGCCAGUCCCCUUCUGGCUGUGCCGGGUGGAGAUUAUAACAGUACAUUAUAACAGAUUUUUCUCCAAGAUGUUCAUAGAUGACCAGCAGGGUCAAAUAAUAAUCACAGUGGUUGUAGAGGUUACAACAGGUCAGUACAUCAGGAGUAAAUGUCACUUGGCUUUUAAUAGCCGGGCAUUUAGAGGUUGAAAUAGCAGGUGGGGUAGAGAUAGUUGAACCGCCGAGUAUGAAGCCAGACAUAACAGGGCCUGCUAAAGCUUAUCCCCCUGGUGCUCCCACUGAUGGACCUCCUACUAGUCACAGCCAGACAGCCAUGAAGAAUGGUUACGCUACUUUGCUGUAUGCAGCUUUGAAUGCUCAUAGUAAUUGUGGGCUGAGGCCGGAGGACAUCUAGGCUAUAGAACAGUGGACUACAGCUAGUAACGUACCCUUGGACUUUAAUAACCCUUUUCAUAUUCCUAGACCUGUCCCUAAUGCAUACCAUCGUUUCUUGACUGAGAUAGGCCUGUUUACUAAAUGAAGAUAAUGCUAAGCAUUAGUUAUUUUUGUGUCCUUACAUCGUUUGCAUUUUAAUGAUUAUUGUGAGAUCAAUUAUUUAGUGUAAGCUUUAUUUGGGACUUUUUCAACUUUUUGAAAGUCAGUUUUUUUCAUAGCAGCAAUGUUUUAGAAUGUAUGUAAUUUGAUAUUGUUUUGAGGUGCAUGAUUUCCACAUUACUAUAAGAUUUGUCAUAUAGUUUUUGACAGUAAUUAGACUUAUAGAGUGUCUCCUCUGCUGUAGUAAAAAAUUAAAUAAACGGAGAGGAAAAGGUGGUUCUCAAGAAUAACACAAUGCAGUCAUAGAUUAAUUAAUUAUCAGCGGCUACACAAAUGAAAGUUUAAGAGGAAAAGCGCUCUCCAAACCUCUCCAUCAUAAACAGAGAGAUUGAUCCCCAUGAAAUCGCCUCUGAAAAUAUACUGAGGCCCAGUGGCUGUGAAUUGUCGGACAAUAUUUGCAUACAUAUAAUAAAAUAAUUAAGGGAAACAGUUAUGAGAAGAAAUAUUGCAGAGGAUCUUUUCAGAAUGUGAUGACUCACAUAGCCUACCUUUUUAAGGUCUGUAUUAAUUUCCAUGUCCUAAUGUUGUGCAUAGAUAGAAUGAGAUUCUGGAUGUACUGAUGGUGGCAGACUAUAUUUAGCAGGCUAAUGAUGCACACAGUGUGAUGGAACAGAAGUAAACACCUCAUUUACAUACAGCAGCACAAUAGUUCUGACUGCACCGCAGCCCUUUGUAGUUUCUUUUGUUUUCCUUGGAUGUCGAGCUAACGCCGCUGAGUGCUUCUUUAAUAUCUCUAUUAUUUUCCUGUUUUCACAUGAUACUAAAACUACAUUAGAAGAAUAGGAGCUGCAGUAGAUUAUUUUUAUUUUUUUAAUAACUUUGUUUCAGGUAAUAGACUUAACAAAUAUUGUGAUCAGUGCACAAUACCGCACUGAUUUUAGUAUUUUACCAGGGAAGUUUACUGAGAACACGUUUGCAUUUACAGCAAUGACCUAGGGAAUAGUUACAGGGGAGAUAAAUGAGCCAAUUGGAAGCUGGGCAUGAUGAGGUGGCCAUGAUGGUAUGAGGGCCAGAUUAGGAAUUUAGCCAGGACACCGGGGUUAACAUCCCUACUCUUACAAUAUGUGCCAUGGGAUCUAUAGUGACCACAGAGAGUCAGGACAUCUGUUUAACGUCCUAUCCGAAAGACGGCACCUUACACAGGGCAAUGUCCCCAAUCACUGCCGUGGGAUAUGUUUUUUUGACCAGAGGAAAGAGUGCCUUCUACUGGCCCUCCAGCACUUCAAGCAGCAUCUGGUCAGGACCGACGCUGUUUAGCUUCAGUGGCAAGACAGCAGUGGGAUGCAGGGUGGUAUGGUGCUGGCCGAUCUACCAGUAGUCUCAAUCCUUUUAACUCAAACUGGAUAAUUAGUUGCUGUAUUAGAGCCCUGUUCAGUCUCCUGUCUUGUCAAUGAGGGAUUUUGAUAAUGGGGAACUUAUCCAUACCUGCAUACAGAUAUCUUUGAAUUGGUUUGGAACUUGGUCAAUCCAUUUUGAUGUUGCUGAUGCCCAGCAAUGACAGGAGCCAUAAUGAAGCCAUCACAUGAUUGUCGUCAAUCAAAAUAACUUAUGAAACGCAGCCCAGCCAUGUCAGUGAUUUUCUUCCCCUGGACUAUUCUAGUCAGGUAUAGUGGGAGUUUGCCUCAGACAGUGUAGACGAGAGCCCGUACCUUGCAGGGGUGCCUGUGGUCUGGCCGGGUUGAUUGCUUUCCUCAGGACAUGGCUGGUUCAGGUUCAAUCUGUCCCCAGCAGAGAACUGUCAGGACCUGCCACCCUCAACCUCCUCUACUGCUCCUCCUUCUCCUAGCUCAAUUGCCUGCCGUGGCACUCUUUGCUAUUUGCAUGUUAACUUGAUGGCUGUUCCAGGUUGAUGUGUAGCAGCUUUUAGACCAACAGCAUCCCUUGCAAAUGGCUAUUACAACCACGUCUAAUGUGCGCAGUGAAUGAGUAAUUAAGCUAUUUUAUAUCAUGUAGUCAGAGUUCUCUGUUAAGAAUCAGGCUACUACUCUACUUAUCUUGCUAUCCUAUAUGUAUACUGAAUAAAAAUAUAACCGCAGCAAUUUCAAAGAUUUUACAGUUCAUAUAAGGAAAUCCAUUAGGCCCUAAUCUAUGGAUUUCACAUGACUGGGCAGGGGUGCAGACAUGGGUGUGCCUGGGACGGCACCCACUGGGGAGCCAGGCCCAGCCAAUCAGAAUGAGUUUUUCAAAAGGGCUUUAUUACAGACAGAAAUCAUCUUCAGAGGAACAGGAGCUAAAGCAGUAGAACAUUUGAGGUGCCGGUACUCAGCUCCGGUGAGCUCCUGCCCAAGUCAAGCACUGUUUCUUAUCCCUUGCACAAAUAGCCUACAGCUGUGUCUGUACCGAGCUCACUGGCGCAGGAAACUCUGAGGGCCCAGAAUAUUUUAUACAAUGUUGCAAGUUCACUAGCGCAAGCUUCGGGCCAGACCCAGUUAAUAGUUGAUGCAAUGUUUGAAGUUCGUUGCAGACAGGCCAUGUGUAGCCAAUGUGAUUUAUAUAAUAUUUAUUUUUAUCAGGAUAUUUUCUACCUGCAGGCUGUAAUGUUUUUAUUUGUUGGCUUUGUGUAGGCUAUUUUUACAUAGUUGGCAAUGGCAGUAGAAGUUAAUUUUUAGGUUUAUCAUUUUCAUUUAGAUUUGGAUAGACUUUUGAUUAACCACAUGACAAUAAUUUUGAGAUAUGAAGAUGUUAUGAAUUAAAUUAAACUGUCACGAAAAUGUGCAUAUGAAAACCAUAACUGGCACGCAGAUCGGUAGAAAUGGUAAGAUAAAUUGGCAUUCCACAUGAGAAAGGUUGCCGACUCGUCGUGUAGCCUAUUACCGGCAACUUCAGGAGAGUAAUGGCAGAAUCUGCGAAAGCCAGCAGGAGCGGGAGGAGAAUAGUUGGGUCAGGUUUUUUAUUUAUUUCAGGUUAUCUAAAUCUCUUGCGCCCUCUUGAGGCAGCAAACUGUAAGCUUAAAGCAUCAGACAAGCUCAAUGCAUAUAGUUGAUUUUAUUUAUGGAUAAAUAAACAUGUACAAAUUUUGAGCAAUCGAUUGGUCGAAAGAACAGACAACUUUUGAUCAGCAAAUAUAUUUUUUAGGAGGGGACAGCCCUAAAACAAAUUUGUGAACACAAUUUGAGGGAAAUAAGCUUUUUGUGUGUAUGGAACAUUUCUGGGAUUUUUCAUUAUAGCUAUAAAAAAAAACAUGAAACAUGGGACCAACACUUUACAUGUUGUGUUUAUAUUUUUGUUCAAUGUAGUAUUUGUUCUGGUUUUCAUGCAGAUGGGUCACCUGGUUGUGGUUCCAUUAGACUGGAACAGAACAUCUCUGGUGCUCAUAGCUCCUCAACCAUGAAUGUGAUCACCACGCUAGACUGAGAUUGUUCAUCACAGGCACUACACUAGCUCUCCCAGUGACUGGUAUUAUUUCCUCAUUAAUGUUUUCCACUUGUCCCCCACUCUGAGCUGCAGGGGCUGUGAUACGGAAAGCAUUGUGUUGUCGGUCUCUGCUGCUGCUGAUUUAUGGAAGAGGGGGUACUAGGGAUUGGGAUUGUGGUAGAGGGAGCAGGGUGGUGGUGUAGCCUGUGUGUUCUCUAAGCUCAUGAUGAGUUCUACCAGCAAAGUGCAACAUGCAUAUCCUACCAUCAUUCACCAAGGAGGAGAGAAUGCAAUUAGAGCUUGUAAAAGCACACUGCAGCAUUGUGCUACUCUCUGAGAAACAACCAUCAACCAUGCUGGUCCUCUAUCAGUUGGGAGACCUAAGACCAAUAUUGCAGUCUAUGCUAUAUCUUGUUGUGAUGUGCCUUUGAUAAGGGUAAUAGAGCUGCAUCAUUUUUCUAGGUCACAUCUAAUGAGCAGUUGGCCAAUGUGGCCUUCCUGUAUUGAGCGAAUGGGGUUACCGUCGUUAUUAUGUGUGUCUUUGGUAUGCACCGUGCCUGUAUUUGAUAUAGCAUUCUGUUUUUGCUGCUCUUUGUUCUUGGUGGUUUGCUUGUUGUUGUUGAGUAAAAGCGAGGGUAAUGGGGUAAUUUACUUACAUCUCCUACGCUGGUGCCAUCAAUCUUUGUCAGCCAUUUUCCUUACAAUUUGCAUGAGUCCAUUAACACACAUUAAUCUGUAUUUAAGUGAACUGACAGUCAUUUUGUUUGCCUAAUGGUUUGUUAGUGAGCACAGGGAGCUGUAUUUGACUCACUGAUUAAAAUUACAUUGAUCUGCCUGAUGUUUUAUAGAAUUGUGAUAAGGAGAGAGUUGGAUAAAUCAUUGAUACAUUUAAUCAACCAUAUUUCACUAAUUAAGCACGUUCACAUAUUCCUACACUAAUUACAUUGGUGCAUUAUCUUCUUUGUGACCACAUUUAGCCUAACAUAACCCCUCAAAGUUGGACCAACCAUGUGGAACCAACCAAGUUUUGGUAUAGAAAUUACUGUAACCGGAACAUGUCUCAACCCUUCAAACCAAACAGGUAACACAUAAUUUAGUAUUAAAUGCGGUAAGUAGGCCUAAAACCUGCAGCAGGCUGCAAUUCAUAAUAUUGUGACUGAGAUACAUACAUGUAAUGGAGCCAUGAUUACUGCACUAGGUGUUGAAGCUGAAGCCUUCUAUCACACUUGGGGUGUAAUCAUCAGUCUGUGGAAAGUCACACUGUGACCAUGGCCCUGUUGCUAAUGGCUUUUCUCAUUGAGGGGCUCUGGAGCGUGGUCUGGUGCCACUUUAGUGAGCUAACUCAUUCACACACCCUAUUCUUCUACCCUCGUAACAGAGAGGAGCAGGCCUGGCCUACAGUGAAGCCCAGGUGAAAGUCUACUACUGUAUGUAAGGCUCAGGGCAGAGUUUAGCUCAGAGAUUAGUUGCCACGGACUCCAGUCCAGCACGUCUCCCACGGCAUGCUCCAGCCCAGGGAGAGUUUUAGCAGUGGUCCCAAUCCUUCAGCAGAGACACUAUUUAUUCAGCCUCUAAUAUUGUCCUAAUUUAUCCAGACGGCCAGCCACCACACCUCCACUGUGCCCAUGUGACACUGGUCCUCCGGAGGGCAGGAGAGUGAGAGCUGAGACGGCACCUCCUCUCUGUGGUGCUGUCUGAUUUAACAUGCUGUUGCUCUGUUUGUGUACCUCCUGAAUUAGAAAUCCCUCUGAUUGUACAGUAUUUGGUAGGGGGAUUUGGAGGGGAAACGGGCCUAUCACUGUAUAGGCUUAUCACUGUGACUGCCAAAAGAUGGGUUUAUAAUUAGUAAGAUGAUGGUUGAAAUGUUUCAAUUAUUUGGCUGUUAAUUUUCAUAGAAAGGCUAUAUAUUUCUUCCAAUUUCUUGUCAGCAUAGUGGAGCUCCUAAAGCUUGAGAGGUGACAGCAGCUCCUCUCAUGCCAUCAGUAGUCUAACACCCCCCUCACUGGAUGACAAGGGUGUCUUAAUCGGCAUCGAUCUUGUGCAACAAAUGUCAGACGCCCCCAAAUUUGCUGGAAACAGUGUUCUGUAUGUGGACAGUGCCCUGUAGCAAUCAAUAACUUCCCACGGUGAUGUCAAGGUGCUGACUACAAUUACCACUCGGGUUAUGUUGAUAAAUUAGUGUCCCCAGAAGUUGCAUUCCUCUCAUUAUGUGCAGACAGUAGAGGGGCUGUCCACUUGGUGACAUUACAUUAUGAUGGUAGUUAACUCUCAUAAUAAACAUAAACAGUAAAUGAUAACACUAGAGAAUAGAGUUGUGAGCUUGCUUUGUGUGGCACUUAUCUCUCUUCAGAAUGUGUUGUUGAAUGGCACAUGGGAGAGCAGUAUUGAGCACCUUGCUGAAGACAAGUUUUCAAAUCAAGAAUCAAGUAUUUUGCUUGUUGCUUAGCAACUUCCAAGAUGAGUUGAACAAAGAAAUUGACCUCUUAUUAAUUAAGUCAAAUUACAGUCUCAUACCAACAUGUGACUGUUUUUACUCCAUAUUUUCUUAUGUAUUAUUCUGUCAGAUUUAGGCCUAAAUGUCAGAUGCAAAUGUAAGCUGUAACGAAAUGGAUGUGUCUCUGGGGUAGAGUAAAUGUUCUGUGACGUGUGACCAACUGCCUUUUGUUACUAAUUUUGUCAAUUAACCAGAGGUUUUGGAGCCCAAGGUCAUUAAAUGGCCGGCAGGGAUGUAGCUCAGUUGGUAGAGCAUGGCGUUUGCAACGCCAGGGUUGUGGGUUCGAUUCCCACGGGGGGCCAGUAUGAAAAAAAUAUAUAAAUAAUGUAUGCACUCACUAACUGUAAGUCGCUCUGGAUAAGAGCGUCUGCUAAAAUGACUAAAAUGUAAAUGUAAAAUGUAGCUCCCGUCACUGUGGGUUCAAUAACACUAGGCUACUUCUAACCCCUCGUGAAGAUGAAGCUGAGCUACCUUGAUGAAGCCACAGUGGGACUGAUAUUGUUCUCCUCCCUUUGCAGAACACGUGUGUUCCAUCAUAGCUUCCUGCCUGCGGAACCUGAAAGCCCAGCAGAGGACAAGGCUCCUCAGCAAAUUCACUGAGAACGACUGUGAGAAGGUGAGAUCUUCACUGGUCUACCACUGUGUGCAGAUUAUUUUCACAGCAAUAUUUCUUAAAAAGUACAUCAGGAAAAACCAGCCCAAUUUUUGAGGUUUUACAUGUUCACUUCCCUGAUAGAGAUCCCCUUGUACUGGUGUGAGAAUGUAUUGAUCAGCCUGUGACUGGUCACUGUUAAUGACUAAAAUAUUGAUCCUGUGGUGGAAAGAGUUAUUAACCUCACCACAUACAGUGCCUUGCAAAAGUAUUCAUCCCCUUGGCGUUUUUCAAUUUUUUUUGCAUUACAACCUGUAAUUUAAAUUGAUUUUUAUUUGGAUUUCAUGUAAUGGACAUACACAAAAUAGUCAAAAUUGGUGAAGUGAAAUGAAAAAAAGAACUUGUUAAAAAAAAAUCUAAAACAUUUUUUUACGGAAAAGUGGUGCAUGUAUAUGUAUUCACCCCCUUUGCUAUGAAGCCCCUAAAUAAGAUCUGGUGCAACCAAUUACCUUCAGAAGUCACAUAAUUUAGUUAGAUUGCACACGGGUGGACUUUAUUUAAGUGUCACAUGAUCUGUCACAUGAUCUAUAUAGUAUAUAUACGCCUGUUCUGGAAGGCCCCAGAGUCUGCAACACCACUAAGCAAGGGGCACCACCAAGCAAGCGGAACCAUGAAGACCAAGGAGCUCUCCAAACAGGUCAGGGACAAAGUUGUGGAGAAGUACAGAUUAGGGUUGGGUUAUACAAAAUAUCUGAAUCUUUUGAACAUCCUCUAGGGCACCAUUAAAUCCAUCAUAAAAAAAUGGAAAGAAUAUGGCACCACAACAAACCUGCCAAGAGAGGGCUGCCCACCAAAACUCACGGACCAGGCAAGGAGGGCUUUAAUCAGAGAGGCAACAAAGAGACCAAAGAUAACCCUGAAGGAGCUGCAAAGCUCCACAGCGGAGAUUGGAGUAUCUGUCCAUAGGACCACUUUAAGCCGUACACUCCACAGAGCUGGGCUUUAUGGAAUAGUGGCCAGAAAAAAAGCCAUUGCUUAAAGAAAGAAAUAAGCAAACAUGUUUAGUGUUUGCCAAAAGGCAUGUAGGAGACUCCCCAAACAUAUGGAAGAAGGUACUCUGGUCAGAUGAGACUAAAAUCAAGCUUUUUGGCCAUCAAGGAAAACGCUAUGUCUGGUGCAAACCCAGCACCUCUCAUCACCCCGAGAACACCAUCCCCACAGUGAAGCAUGGUGGUGGCAGCAUCAUGCUGUGGGGAUGUUUUUCAUCGGCUGGGAGUGGGAAACUGGUCAGAAUUGAAGGAAUGAUGGAUGGUGCUAAAUACAGGGACAUUCUUGAGGGAAACCUGUUUCAGUCUUCCAGAGAUUUGAGACUGGGACGGAGGUUCACCUUCCAGCAGGACAAUGACCCUAAGCAUACUGCUAAAGUAACACUUGAGUGGUUUAAGGGGAACAUUUAAAUGUCUUGGAAUGGCCUAGUCAAAGCCUAGACCUCAAUCCAGUUGAGAAUCUGUGGUAUGACUAAAAUAUUGCUGUACACCAGCGGAACCCAUCCAACUUGAAGGAGCUGGAGCAGUUUUUCCUUGAAGAAUGGGCAAAACUCCCAGUGGCUAGAUGUGCCAAGCUUGUAGAGACAUAACCCAAGAGACUUGCAGCUGUAAUUGCUGCAAAAGGUGGCCUACAAGUAGCUUUGGGGGGGGGGGGGGUGAAUAGUUAUGCACGCUCAAGUUAUUUCUUGUUUGUUUCACAAUAAAACAUAUUCUGGAUCUUCAAAGUGGUAGGCAUUGUUGUGUAAAUCAAAUGAUACAAACCCCCCAAAAAUCAAUUUUAAUUCCAGGUUGUAAGGCAACAAAAUAGGAAAAAUGCCAAGGGGGGUGAAUACUUUCGCAAGCCACUGUACAUGGCCAUAGACAUACUACAUGGUAGCCUUUGGUGGUCUGAAUCCUAUUUUCUCCCUGCAUGAGGGUUUUGUAUGCAUAGCGCCUUGCAUUGGUGUCUGAUGUCUUCUCCCUCCGUCCUACAGGUUGAUAGACUGAUGGAGCUGCAUUUUAAGUACCUGGAAGCUGUUCAGGUGGCUGACAAGAGGAUCGAAGGAGAGAAACAUGUAAGGGUCUUACCUCUCGCCCCCCCUCUACCAACAGCUUGCAUUCUAACCUUGACUGGCAAUAUCUCUGAAACAAGAGCAGAUCCAAGUGUCUAGAUAAGGAGAGUCCUUUUAGAGAGGCUUGUAAUUGUCACAACUUCAGGACUAGAGGCUAGCUUGGAGAGGGGCUUGGUUCAAAUCCAAUGACUUAAGUCAUUGUCAACAUUAAAAAACUUCACCUCCUGCUGCAUGGACCCACUCAGAAUAUGCUGCUGUGUGAGUGGGUGAUGUUUGUUUGUUGUGGCUGGAAUCCCUCUCCAUUGUUAUGGACAGAGAUGGCCAAUAAGAUCCAAUCAGCCUCUGCUAAACAAGGCAGUGUUUCAGUCUGAUGCCCUGUGGUCCCAGAGAAUGUGUGAGGUCCAGACUAGUCUGUAGGCUGUGCUCACUCAGACAGAUGAGAGGAGACAGAUAAGAGAUGAGGAGUCUCUUCUCCAGCAGUGGGGAGAGAGGGCAGGAGAAGGUAGUAGAGUUUUAAGAGGGAGAUAGCUUUCAGAUUAAUAUCUGAUGAGAGAUUAAUUAUUUGCAAAGGAAGGGUGACAGCUUGAAAUUCCCGACUACUUUCAAGUGCAAGCAUGACCAAGUAAUAACCAAAGAGCCCAUUUUCUGUCUUCACAAUCUUGAUGCACAUGGAUACUCCUAGUUCAUUGUUCAAAAUGUUUAGUUAUAGGUUGAAGAAACUUAAUUAACUAGUCACAAUUUCUUUAACUAUCUUAUUUCAGUCCUGGCUAGGAUGUUCUCUCAUGUCUUGUACACUACAUGGCUAAAAGUAUGUGGACACCUGCUCGUCGAACAUCUCAUUCAAAAAUCAUGGGCAUUAAUAUGGAGUUGGUCCCCCCUUUGCUGCUAUAACAGCCUCCACUCUUCUGGGAAGGGUUUCCACUAGAUGUUGGAACAUUGCUGCGGGGACUUGCUUCCAUUCAGCCACGAGCAUUAGUGAGGUUGGGCACUGAUGUUGGCCGAUUAGGCCUGGCUCGCAGUUGGCGUUCCAAUUCAUCCCAAAGGUGUUUGAUGGGGUUGAGGUCAUGGCCCUUCACUGGAACUAAGGGUCAUAGCCCGAACCAUGAAAAACAGCCCCAGUCCAUUAUUCCUCCUCCACCAAACUUUACAGUUGGCACUAUGCAUUCGGGCUGGUAGCGUUCUCCUGGCAUCCGCCAAACCCAGAUUCGUCUGUCGUACUGCCAGAUGGUGAAGCGUGAUUAAUUACUCCAGAAAACACGUUUCCACUGCUCGAGAGUCCAAUGGCGGCGAGCUUUACACCACUCCAGCCGACGCUUGGCAUUACACAUGGUGAUCUUAAGCUUGUGCGCGUCUGCUCGGGCAUGGAAACCCAUUUCAUGAAGCUCCCGACGAACAGUUAUUGUGCUGACGUUGCUUCCAGAGGCAGUUUGGAACUGUACAAAACAUAAGGAACACCUUCCUACUAUUGAGUUGCAUCCCCUUUUGCCCUCAGAACAGCGUAAAUUCGUCGGGGCAUGGACUCUACAAGAUGUCGAAAGCGUUCCACAGGGAUGCUGGCCCAUGUUGACUCCAAUGCUUCCCACAGUUGUGUCAAGUUGACUGGAUGUCCUUUGGGUGUCCCAGUGUCCGUUUGGAAUGGGCUAUUUCUUUCUCGACAAACUGACCAAUAGAAUAGGUACAAUUUUCAACUAUGGGGGAUAGUAGAUUGACAUGGGCUAGUGAUUUUGCUGUUCGGUACUUGUCUUGUUGGCUGAGGAAAAGUAAAUGUGGACAGUUAUUCUAACGUCUUCAAAGUGCGCAUCAGAAUUCGGUAAAAUGGACCGCACAUCGUUGCAUCCUCGACUUGCAUGUUAAUAUGAAUUACAAUAACCUAAAUGUGAUUUCUGUCAUUCUGAGUACCGUUGGUUGACGCCCUUAUCAGGUUACGCAGCCAUUGCACAUAGGUCGGCACAUUUUCCUAACGGAAACCCUGCUGCAGCCCCUGUCGGGUUAGUGAGGUCUCUGCUGACUGCAGGCAGGGAGCGAGGAGUAGUCUUAACUACCGCCAGCUCCUCUAGUAGUCAGCCACACUAUCCUAAUGGUCAUGCUAUAGACGGAGACAUGCAGACCCUGCACAUUCGGCUUGCAAACUGCAUUCAUAACUGGAGGUUUCAAUGCUGAAAGGAUUUCAAAGGAUCCAGAAAUGCAACUUCCUCUCGCCUUCCCCCACCUUGCCUAUAGCCUAACAUACCUUUCUUCCAAUUUAAGCGUACGUGGUUGGUUUUCAAUGCGUUGGCUAUUUUUGCUCCUCUUUCUCCCCUCAUUAAGGGAAUGGAGCUGUAGCUCAGACAUCCAUUACCCCAGCCUCUGUGUGCAGGAGGGCUCUGGCUGAGGGAUUGAUGGGAGCUGGGUAGGGAUCAGGCCUGGAAAGGUCCUAUAGCUCUGCCUCAUCUCCCAGCCAACUGCUGGAGUCUUAUUGAGCCUUGUGAUUGCUUAAAGUGUGUAUGUAUGUAUGUAUGUAUGUAUGUGUGUAUGUGUGUGUAGACGGCUAUGUUUGUGUGUGGGUGGUUGCCUGUAUUUCUGGGAUUCUAUUACCUAGGUUACAUCAAAAUAAAAGAAAAUGCAAUUUGAUUUCAGAAAAGCCUAACUCAGGGUUCCCCAACUGGUGGCUCGGGCCAAAUCUGUCCCCCCCAAGUUUUUAUUUGAAUUGUUGGACACAAAAGACUGUAAAAACACCAGCAAAUCAGCUCCAAGUGAUUUUUAAUUUUGGAAAUAUGUUCCAAAGUAUUUCCAUGCAUAAUAUGUAUACAAAUGUAAGCAAUGUUUAAAAUGAUUAUGUUUUAGUGAAAUAUGAUAUCUGUUGGGCUUCUUGCGGUCAAUUUGCAGCCUACAAAUUAUUUGUAAUUAUGUUCCAGCCCCCUGACCAUCUUUGCGAUUUAUCAAAAGGGAAAAUCAGCAUCUCUCUCCCUCUUAGCAAGUUUGUAUCCCUUUACAGAGUACAGACGGCUACAGUAUGCUCAAAGAAGGCGAUGACAAGGAAGUCACAUGAAUUCAGUCUUUGCAUCCCAACAGAGGAAAAGCAUGGAGCCAGUGUUCGUUCCAUUUUGCUGUUGUCAUCUUAACACCUGCACCUGACCAGGAUGUGGAAAGGGAAAGAGACUAAGAAUAUGUCCUUAUUACUUUCUCCUUGGCAGUUGGUUGUCAGACCUUAUGCCUUUAAUUGAGUCAUCCAGGCUUCCUUUGAAAAUGUUUUUCUCCACUCCAAUAAUUUCCUGUGUAAUGAGGACGGACUAACUGGUAUGUUUGCUUGUCCCUAGUGUUUGCUAUACAUUAGCAUAUACCGCCAUUUUUAUCCACUGUGUCUGAUGCAGUAGCGAGCCUAUAUGGGAGGACCGCCUCGGAAUAAGCAGGCGUUUGUUCUGAAAGCUGCACCAGCCUUCUCCCCAGAGGAAAAGUUUUGUUGUUUUACAUCUAAACAGGCUAGAGUUGCACAUUCUUACAAGUUCCCAAAAUAGUGAUCUGGAUUUACACUGUGAUAGAGGCAGACUAAAGAUAUUUUAAGAUUAACGUCAUAAAUUUGAAUGUGUCUUGAUAUGAUUUAUUUGAAGAGAUGAAGCCCUUAAAAGUUGUAAUUCUUUCAAAUUCAAACCAACAGACAGACAGGCUUCAGUAUUUGAAUCUAAAUGUCAAGCACACAGUAUUACCCUUUGGCUCCUCAUUUAAAGAGCAUUCAUCACAAACACAGACCUCUUUAAAGGAUCCUCUAUUUGUUUGCUCAUAUAUAGAGCUUCGAUUUUAUAUUCCUGUUAGAUGCCCUUUGUUUGACUACUAGAGCACACCUUGAGUGCUGCUGUGUGUAUGCCAGAAAUAUGCCUCCCUCUCCAAUGGGUUCUGAUGCCAGAAUAUCCCUUGAAAAUAGAUUUAGUCCUGAGGGAGGAGGCCAAUGUCCAUCAGUGUGAUUUUAUAUCCAUUAAAGAAUGCCAACUGUCAUGUUCCCCACCUGGGCUGGCAGCAGGGAAAGGGCUAACAUGCACAUCAGAGUUCUGUUGAAGUUCUUCGCUGUGAAGUCGUCAUUGUUAGGAGUUAGGCACCACAUGCUAGAAACCCCUUCUCCUCAGUCUGUUUCAAUGGCUCAUAACGAUGAUUAAUGUGGCCGCUGUGUAUUGACAGCCAUACAUUAUUGGCAUACGGACCGAUUUGUUAAGAUGGAUAACUAUGCAGGUGUGCGUGCCAACAGAGGCAGCAGAGCAGACCCUCUAGCCACUUAACUCUUAAUCAAUUGAUUUGUGUGUUGACUUGAUCAAUAAAGAGAUUGGAUGUGCGAAGGUUGAGAAACAACACUUGAAUUAAUGUUUUCUUCUAUUUUUAUCCCUGUGUGUGUAACAGGACAUGGUCAAACGUGGUGAGAUCCUUGAUGAUGUGAUGGAGGAUGAGUUCUACCUGCGGAGGCUGGAUGCUGGACUGUUUGUCCUCCAGUUGCUCUGCUACAUCAUGGUAGAGAUCAGCAACUCUGGGAUAUCCCAGGUAGGAUAUCUGCAUGCACAAUGUAUAUGAAGAUUCAGUUACUGGUUUUCGUACCUUGUAGGUAUCUUUUUUUUAGCUAAACCUCUGCGUGAAAUAGUGUAACUGUAUGUCACAACGCGGCAAAGUGUACAGUCUGCUAGCGUUAUCAGUGAUUCAGUGAAAGUCAUGACCCUGUCUUUCCUUUUUCCUCUCAGCUGCAGCAGAGGGUGCAUCAGAUCCUCAACCUGAGGGGAGGCUCUGUCAAAGUGGUGCGGCACAUCAUGAGAGGUGAGCAUCCACUCUACACCCUGCUAGAGGGAGAGAGACUAGCACCGACAUAUAUUUACUCCAAAGCCAUACAACACUAGCCUAUUUACCAGCCUCACUCUUUCCUUCUUUACCUAAAGGGCAUAAAUACAUCUGUCCUCUCUGUUUUUAGUUCAUCUAUUCAUGUUAUUGUAUUUUCAGUUAUUUAUUGACCUCUGUCAUUGUCAACUAAGACCAGGAAGUUGUGGACUGCAUGGCUCUUUCUGCCCUGGUGACAUGUAGUGGUGUAAAUGGAGCUAUCCUUCAUGUGUCACAGCUUGGACAGGGUAGUGAAUGUCAUGUUGAUGUGCAGCACUAGCCCCUCGUCCCCUGUCCCCUGUCUCCUGUCCCUCGAGAGCCACUUUACAUUCAUGCUCAGAUGUGUAUGUGUGCACCCACAGAGUGGGAAGCUCAUCCCUGACCUCCCCCAUUAAACGGCUGACUCCUGCAUUGGAAAUGUCAGCAUGAAAGGUUAAAUACAUGCAGCGAGGACGUCAAUGGCUCUGAACUUGACCCUGAUCUUUUGUAAUGAAAAGAAAAGGUAUCUUUGGUGGAGGCUGUCUAGAGUGGUCCGCUCAUGAUCUGGGAUGACCAAAUAUAUAGAUUUUUAUUGCUGCCUAUUAUCUCACACCGAUUCUAUGGAUUAAUAUGGAGCUUGAGAAUAGAUUGUAGUACUUAUGUAAUCACCUCAGGACCCCAAGGGGAGCACAUUUUGGUUUUUGCCCUAACACUACACAGCUGAUUAACAUCAUCAAAGCUUUAUGAUUAGUUGAUUAUUUGAAUCCGCUGUGUAGUGCUAGGGCAGAAACCAAAAUGUGCACCCAUUCGGGUCCCGGGGACCAAGUGUGGGAAACCCUGCAGUAGGCAUAUUACAUUCUGUCUGCUCCAGAUGAUACAGGAUAUAUGUCCAGGCCUCUAUAGUCCAGCAGCCCCAGUGGUCUGGCCAUGCGGGGUGAAAUGACCUUAUUGUCUGACUGGUCCCACUAGAUGGGGCUUUUUGGCCCUCAGCUCAGUGUGGGAGGUUCUGUGGAACCAAGGUAUCAAUGAAACUGUGUUGGGGAAUUAAGAAUGUAGCUUUCUCAACCCAGCACUAGCUGUGGCCUCAUAGACUAGCUCAGAUAAACAGUUGCUCAGUAAAAGGGCCCAACCUGUGAAGUCUGUGUGGUGGACGGUGCCAUUCAGAAUCAUAAUGAUCCCAUGGUCGUGUUGUUUGUGACUGCCAUGUCCUCUGUCUUCUAGACUACUAACUACAGAUUAAAGGUGUUAUUGUUGGCGGAAAUGUAGCAUUGAAGUUCUUCAGUGUCUUGACAAGCACUGCAGCAGUCUGCACACCCUGUUAUCUUCAGCUUGUAACCUCAUCGGUGACACAUCAGAGGUGACAGCUCAAAGUGUCAGGAGUCAUUCAUUUUCAAAGGUUUCUCCAUUCUGCAAGAGAUCCUUGGAUGAUUAACCUAUUUGUCGACGGUGCGACAUUUGCGACCGAGCAGGAAGCCCUAGUCGGUGACCCGGCAAAUGGUGGCAGAGUUUGUCACGCCAUAUUCCUCUCAGCCUGGUCGCCGCGGUGACAGGAGGAGUGAUUCUAGAGAGUGGGUCUGUCUUCUUGAGGCUAAUUCUAGGGGAUGUUGGGAUUGUGUGGGUCACUUGUUGAACCCUGCUGGCACACAUAUUUGGGCUGAAUGAGCAGGGUAUGAUGUAGGACUUCAAGAAACAAUCUGGAGUCCUUUUUUUGUUACUGCUUGAUACCACUGUGUAUAGUUUUACUGUCAGAUAUCAUGAGUGUCUGUCUUUGUUGAAUUUCUGCUCAAGGUCGUGACUGUGGACAGUGAAACUCAUGAGGAGAUUAGUCUUCUGUGUGCAGACAUUUUGUGAUUCACUCCAGUAUUUUUAUGAAGGCUUGUUUUUCCUCUUGCCCCACGCCAUUGUCAGAAAAACUCAUUUUCUUUAUUUUCUGGCAGUUAAAAUAUACACUUUUUUGCCGAUCUUCUCUCUCAAGGUCCCAGGGCUUAAUUGGUAAUCCUGCAAGAGGGGGCUACCUACUCUGGGCCUCUGCAAACUCUCCUUCACUUUAGACUCACAUAUAGACUGCUGCUUUGAGGUGAUCCCUGUGAGACUGGAUUUCCACAGCUAGUUUGCCUCAGUCAGAGAAGUGUCUAGUCUAGUGUGAGUUGGCAGGGAAUAUAGGCUAAGGUUAUGUACCCCUGAGAGACAAGGUGUAAGUGGAUAUAGGAAUAAACACACAGUAUACUGCACUGCUAGAGAGCAACACUGGAUCGACAGGCUAGAACAUAGGGUUGGAGAUACAGUUUCAGUUUUAGAAAAAGCUAUAUCAUCAAUUAUGUUUCUAGGUUCCAGACUGCAGCCUUUUCCAAAUCUCUCCUUUUUGUAGUCUGGUUUUAGUACUAAACCCUGGGUUAUUUUACUCAUGUAUGGAGAACUGGGUGUGUGCGUGGUGUUCACUCACGAAUGCUGGGGUGGAUGUGAGAGAUAGGAAAAGAGUGGGAGUUGUGUCAUUGUAAUUCAGGAACAUCCUCCUAGGGUUGAAUUCCCUUGAUUUGUGUAGAUUACAGGAACCAUGCCCAUGGAGAGGUUUGAUUAAAAAGAAGACUGCAUGAAGAGCUCAUAGUCAGCCAAACUCAACUUGGGGAUUUGUCUUUUUCAGAGUAUGCUGAAAACAUUGGUGACGGGAAAAGUGAGGAGUUCAAAGAGAGCGAGCAGAAGAGGAUCAUGGACCUGCUGGAGAACUUCUAACCCUAACCAACCCCUGGGAGGAGUGACCUGACCAGCGGUCAGAGCUUCAACAUGGACGGAGGGUCUCCACACACUCAGACAGAAUAUACCAGGGUCCAGCAGGUGCAGAGAAGCUGUAUUGAUUGCUUUCUCUGUGCUGGAACAUGUGUAGGACUAUAGUGACUCAAAAUAUAUUAACAAAGAUGUGCAGUCUUAAGCUGCAACUAUUUCAGACUCACAUGUUUGUGGUGUUUGUUUUGAUUUGUGUAUUUUGUAAUAAACAUUUGGUAAUGAAAUCCUAUCCGGGUAAGAUGCUUUUUUGUGAAUAAAAAACCGUCCUUUACAUCUCAUUUCAGUUAUUCUUUUGAGAUAGAAAGGUAGAAAGAUUGCUGUCACAUUGUUUUCUG